AUGGACGGAAUAGACGCUACGACGAGCACCACUACCAGCGCCCCAUUCAGCGAGCACAAACCUCAGACUCCCACCUUUUGCAGGAUAUGUGAUCGGGCAUUAUCAGAAAACGAAUCAUGGCGGCAACAUUUAAAGGACGAAUGGCACGUCUAUAAUCUUCGCCUCUCAGUAGCAGAGCCUGGCACGAUUGUCUUGCCGCCAUCAACAAAGCGCAAUCCGGUCACCGAUACUACCCAAAAGGCAAAGGCCACAAGACGCGAUGUCGCAGAGAGUAAAUCCCCAAGUUCAAGCGAAGACACCGCGGAAAGCGACUCGGAAGAUCCCGAGGCGGUAGAGUUUGUGCCAAGUCGCUGUUUAUUCUGUGGUUUCACCAGCCAUACAUUCGACGACAAUAUGGCACACAUGUCGACGGCUCACACUUUUUUCAUCCCAUCUCAAAAGUUUCUGGCAGUCGACCUCGAGACUCUUAUUUGGUAUCUUAAUUUAGUCAUUUACGGCUAUAAAGAGUGUAUAUCAUGCGGUUCCCGGAGCAAUACGGUUGAAGGCAUUCAGCAACACAUGGUGGCAAAGGGACAUUGUCGCUUUGACAUUUCCCCAGACACCGAAGACUUUUACGACAUCCCUGCCCGCGACCGCCAAGAACUGAAUAAACGACUGCAUCCUGACGACGACUCACUGCGACUACCUUCAGGUAAACUCUUAAGUCAUCGAGAUCAACAAAGUGUGCCUGCAGAGCGACGAAAUCGUCCGGCGAGACCGCAAGCUCUUACUCCUCCUACAUCGAGUCUAACGAAAGCCGGUUCCAGCUCCGAAGUUGCGACUCAAGAAAAGACUGAUGAUUCUAUUAUCAUCGCUGCUCAGCUUUCUCGGCUUAGUGCGGGUGACCGUACCAGCUUACAGCACCUGCCUAGCCAUGAGAUUCGGUCAAUGUUGGCGCUCAGGAUGAAGCAAAUAGACAGGUCACGGCGACAGGAGCUCAAGUCUAAGCUCAAACAUGGAAAGAUGGAGAAUGUACUUCUGAAGAAGUUUUCCAGGUCUGAUGUACCCACCAGACAAAGCAUCUGGGGUUAA